GGACAGUCUGAGAAAUGCCACUGUUUCGUCAGUUUGAGACCAAACCAGAGAAAGAGAGGGUGAGGAAGAGAAGGAGAAAACAUGGCACAAACGAGGAAGAUGGAGAAUACCCCUCCUCACUGAUGCGUAUGUGCCUGCUUAGUGUGGCAGAGAAUAUGAAGGAGGUUUGGGUCAAAGACUAUGCCCAGAACUACAUAGAUCAGUACUUCUUCAGAUAUAUCAUGGGACCCUUUAGUCUGCUGCCGGGAGAUAUUUUGGAGGAGCUGGUGUGUAUUCUGUCCUCGCGGAAUCUGCUAACUCGUGCUGCCCUCCACUUACUCCUGCUGCCUCAGCUCCGCGCUCUCUCCCUGUCCGCCUGUCCUAAUUUAGUUAACUCCAAUCUCUGUACCCUCAUUGGGACGCGAUGCCAGUCAUUGCAGUCUCUGGACCUCAGUGAUGCUACAAACAUUUCUGCCCCAGUCCUUUGUGAGCUGCUGGGCUCCCUGCCCUCCCUGCGUUCCCUCUCUCUGGCUGGAACUCUGAGCGACCGCAGGGUUUUAAUGGCAGUCGCCCAACACUGUCCCAGGCUACGGCACCUGGAUGUCUCCCGUUGUCUUCACCUGACUCCUCCAGACCUGCUGUCCAUAGUCCAACGGCCCGAGGGGACAAGGCUCCUCUUCAGUAUCCGAGCAUUAGACAUUGGUCUCGAGGAGAGUGAAGCUGCUGUAGUCCUAUCAGUCGCUUACUUAUUACUUACGCAGCCAUCUCUGCAGAGACUCGCCAUGGAAGGGUUAGGACGAGCCUGCAACCUCAUCGCAAGUAAGGAAUUCUGGGUAGCGGAGGAUUUCGCCAGCCGCAGAGGUAUGGCGAGUCUCAGAGACGUAUGGGCUGAGAGAAUGCAGGAAAAUGAACGAAAAGGAGCAGAAGGGACAGAGAUGGGGCAUGAGAAUUUUUCUUUUGCUGAAGAAAAAGAUGAGUGGUUUCCCGCAGGAAGCGAGGAUGAUGAGAUCAUUAGAGACGAAGAAAGAGUUGGAGGUGGCAGAGAGAAAGACGUGCCGAGAGAGAAGACAGAUGAGAGAGGAGGAGUGCAAGGUCAGAGCGAUGAAAAAGAAAACGUUGUCAUACUGCCUCUCAAAGAGGCUCAUGGGGUGUGUUUCAAGACUUUGACGGCCGUUGGCAAACUCUGCCCUGAUAUUUGUGCUCUUUCAAUCAACUGUCAAGAUGAAGAUGAUGAUGAUGAUAACGAGGAGGCUCAGUCGGGUGCACGUUUAGUCCAGGGCUUGGGCCGAUGGUCCGGUCAGCUACGGAACCUUUCGAUGCGGUUCCCAGGGCCCCUGUCGGAACUGAUCCCGGCGGCCCAAUCCGUGGGGUCGACCCUAACCUCUUUAACUCUGGAGGGAGUCAAAACAAACAGAGACUGCCCGUUAAUGGAACUCAUAAAGGCUUGCCCCAAGCUGACCUCGCUUGUUAUUCUCAUAGAACCUCCAACCUCACACCAGGAGGAGGAGGAGGAAGAGGAGGAGGCGAAUGAUGAAGACGAGCUUAGUCGUUUGUCCUGUCUUCCUCAGCUUCGCUGUGUAACGCUGAAUUUUGCAUUGGAUGAGCAGCAGAUGAGACCUUUUAUGUCACUGAGGCAUCUGAAGGGGGCGCUAUGGGCUCUACUGAGAGGUUCCGUUCUUCUGGAGAAGCUCUCACUGAUUGCUGUUCCCUGUCCAUUAGACCCCGUGUUUCGACUGGUCUUAGACCACAAUGCUAAACCCUUAGGGACCCCGGACAGCCCACCGCUGAUGCGCCUGAAACACGUUAACCUCAAUCGCUCUGACAUCUCCGUGGAAACAGUGUCACGGUUCGUAACUGCCGAUAAUCGGUUGUCCACGCUGGAUCUGAGUGGAUGUUGGGCAAUAAGCCUGAGAGACAUCACAAAUUUACAGAAUAAAGUUAAAAAGAGGCGCUGUAACCUGCACAUUGCAUGGAAUUGAAGCGAAGAGUUCUGUUGAACUUUUACUGAUGUCCACUG